UUUACGUUUCUCACUUCCUCCAUCUACCUCUCUGACGCUCGCGGAGAGUCCUGAAAGUCGCGCUGACAGCUCGCAGCUCACGAGGGUCCAGGUCCGCAUAUCGGGUCUUUUCAGCAGAACGUGCGCAGCCCUCGCGCGCUGUUAUCUGCGCUAAAGAGCUGCGACUGUGGACUGUUUACAACCGUGUAGACCUCCAGCCUUCACAUGAAUACAGGAGUUAUUUUUGGCUGUUGUUGCGGGAUUUAAACAUAGAGAACACUUGCUAUUAAAGGGGGCGAGGAAGACUUCUGAAAAAAUGCUGAUUCGUCGUUAGUGGUUGUAGGGCGGUUCGAGGUCACAGCUGUCCGCCAAGGCUAACAUGGAACGAGAGGGCUCGUUGAGGAGAAGUCUCCACAGCAAGCUGAGGUUGGCCAGCAACUCAUCCUCCAGUCUGACCGACCUCUCGCAGGCAAAAUCCCAAGGAGGAGGAGGAGGAGGGGAUAAGGGAGGAACAACUGGAGGACUGGCUGAGGAGUGCAGCAGGGACAGAGGGACCCAGCAGAGGAGGGCCGGGACCAACGCCACCUGGAACAGCAUCCACAACGCAGUGAUAUCAGUUUUCCAGAGGAAGGAUCUGGGGGAAAAUGAACUCUACGCUUUGAAUGAAGGUGUCAGGCAGCUGCUUAAGACGGAGCUGGGCUCCUUCUUCACUGAGUACCUUCAGAACCAGCUGCUCACUAAAGGCAUGGUGAUACUGAGAGACAAGAUCCGCUUCUAUGAAGGUCAGAAGUUGCUGGACUCCCUGGCUGACACAUGGGACUUCUUCUUCUGUGAUGUUCUGUCCAUGCUGCAGGCCAUCUUCUAUCCUGUACAGGGUAAGGAGCCAUCAGUGCGUCAGUUGGCUCUCCUCCACUUCAGGAACAUCAUCACCCUCAACCUGAAACUGGACGAGGCUCUGUCUCGACCCCGAGCCAGAGUUCCCCCUUCUAUCAUACAGAUGCUGCUAAUUCUACAGGGAGUCCAUGAAUCUAAAGGUGUAACUGAUGACUACCUUCGUCUGGAGUCUCUCAUCCAGAAGGUGGUCUCUCCCUACCUCGGAACUCAUGGGUUAUAUUCCAGAGAUGGAUCUUCCAAUUCGCACUGCUCUUCCUGCCUAUUAGAAAAGCGUUUGCAGCGCUCCUGGUCCUCCAAACCAAGCAGCUCGCCCAACCCCAAGAACCCAGUGGUACGCUCUAAGAGCUACAACGUUCCCAUGCUGACCCCUGUGGUGGAGUAUGAUGUUGACAACUCCACAGGAGGUGGCACAGGUAUCAGACGACACUCCGUCUCUGAGGUGACUUCCUGCUUGGAGGAGAGCAGCUCUUUGGAUGAAUCCACGACCACUGUCACCAGCAACACCAGCACAUCCAGCCUCGCCAACCACUCUCCAGCUUCCACAGUCUCUGCUGCACUUUCAGACACUGUGAACUCCAUCCAGGACCCCGGGCCCGGAGUCGCUGACAGCCCUCCAGGUCCCCACCCUCUCCAGCCACAGAAUCACUCCUCCUGCAUCCUCCCAGAGCCUUCCCUAGGCCACAACACACACUGUACAGGCUCGCUAGUGUCUGACUCCCCCGCAUCCUCUACAGUGCUGGCUCAAGACACAAGCUCCAGUCCCAGUCUUUCAUCCAGUCCGGAGAUCAUGAUGGACAGCGUCCCGGAGUUUUUGGACUCAGAGCCGGAGCACGACGGCAUCUUCCUGGACUUCUCACGACGCUGUUCUGGAGGGUCAACCCACAGCAGAGACAACAGCAGGCAUAGUGUGGUGUGACACACACGCAUACACACAUCUAACCACAUGGACGCGGGGACGUGUGCAAACAAUGCUGAGCCAUGACGAUAUUCCUUACACCCUGUGACAACUCCUGCUGUUUGAGACUCUAGAUCAUCAUGGAUCCUUUCAAACUAAAUUAUUUUUUAGUAGCUGUGGCUACAUCCCUAGAAACAAGUCGAACCUCAUGCUGUCUGUUAAAAAUAUCAAUUUGGCCUUUUCUUAAAGUAUAUGCCCACACCUGAAAACAUCAGCACUGGCCUCUCUGGGACGCUUUAAUCACAUAAAUCGCUCCUCUACUCUCUCAGAGGAGAUUGUCCCAUUUUCUCUUAUGAAUGAAAACUUGGAAAAAUACAUAGAGCCAGUAAUGACAACAUAUCCCAGGGGCAGGUGCGCAUGCUGAAAAAUGAAAUUGUUUUACCAAUGGUUAAUUUCUCUUCAAGAGUAGGGCUAUUGAAUAGCUUUGCUGGUCAAAUUAAAAUAUUUCAAAUAUAAAAGAAACUCCAGUUUGACCAAUGAUGAUUCUAUAUUGUUGGUUGAACUUCACCUUAUUUUAUUAAUUGAUGAUUAAAAUGUUAAUUACAAUUUUGCACUCUGUCUUGCAUUAACUCUAAGAUUAAUUGAUUGAUUCAUCCUUCUGAAAGUUUGUUUUGAUAAUGAAACACUGUAAAUGACGAUGAAUUAGUCUUUGCAGCUUGCCAAGAGGAUAACAGCCUUCUUCCAAACAUUGUUUUGGCUGUAUUCAACUGUUUUCAAACCUUGGACCUUUUCCUGCCACUUCCUGUUAAAUCCAAAUUGUCACCGAAAGUCCCCUCUGCGUCAGCUCAGACAGAAGGUGUAUGAGUCACUGAUUCAGUCUGUGUCUUCAAGUAAAUAUUAGGGGACUUUUUCAUAUGAAAAUGUUUUUAAUCAAAAUCUAACUGAACUGAUUGUGUUGACAAAUUCCUCUAUGAGGGACAAGGAGACAGUUUUAAUUUGGUUAUUUAAAGUUAUUCAGAUGUUAAUCAAAGACGAUAUUUUCAUACAGGGCCCUUCCCACUGCUAAUGUUUAACCAGAGACUAACAUCUUAUCUCAGCUCUUCUCACGCUGUAUUGGUGUCCACUUAAAGUAGCAGAAAGCCAUGUGUCAUGCAACUGCAGUAUGUUCUUGCUCCCAAGUCUGUCUAAACAGGAACAAACUAGCUUUGAUUUGAGUUUUCCUUGUUUACACAUCUGGAAGAAAAUUCCACCCAGGCCACAAUCUUUUUUUUUUAUAUAAAUGAAUGCAGCCUUUAAAGAAGAUGUGUGCCAAUGUAAUGUUUCUGAUCAGUGAGAUCAAUGUGGCUUAGCAAAUACUCAAAUGUGCCGUUUCAUUCUAAAAAAAAAAAUCUUCAAAUCACUGCUUACUAAUGACAUCAUCAUCAUCAUUUUAGAUACUAGGAACUAUUAAACAUUUUGGAUGAAAACCAUAAGUGUAUUUCUCUGCAUAAGCACAUUGUUUGUUAUAAAAUCCCCAAACUUUGAUUUAAACCAGUAAUAUCAGUCAAUAUUUUGGUUUAGGUUCAUAUUUUUAAAUGCAAAAUGAGAAAACCUUGCAGACACUGCCAUCUUGUGUUGUGCUUUUCCCAUUUUAAAGUGUGUUAUUAUCUUUUCCUUGCAUCCAAAUAGAUGCUGCAGUAACACCGUGUGGCAGAAAGGUGGGAAAUAGCAGAAUGACGCUUUGGUAGGGCCGGAAGGAGAGGAGCGCAAUUACAGACACCUGUGCGCCGACUGGGGGAGGGCCAAACUAACGAUGGCAGUAUGGAGGCGAAAAGAGAAGAGCAGCGAGCGUGCUAAAGAAAAAAUAUAUUUAAAACACUUUUACCAGUUUCUAUCUAUCCGCAUGCACAGUAGUAAACUACAUAUAAAAAGUUUUGACGCAGUUGUUUCAAGAAGCUGCAGGAGUUCCUGGACUUCCCUGGGAAACAACGUGCUGCUACGGACGCCGAUCACCGGAGCAGCUCACAGGACCGUCCAAGUCCAGCUGUGUCAACAGAAAGCUGCAUUAAACUGUCUCCAGUCCUGCUUCAUACUGAAGACACAUGGCCCAUGAAACGCUACAGAGAGGAUCAGUCAAAGACAUCUCCUUCCUGUGAAGUUAUAAGGCGAGACUCCCCGUGAUGCAAAGUGAAGAAAGAUUCUGUCUUCAGUCCUUUCUGUUCCAGAGCCUCUCUGAGACGAACGGGUGGCUCCAGGUAAUACUGGAUGAAGGAGGAAACAGGAACAGAGAAAGCAAGGGCAAAGGUUCCCCAGUGAAUGGCCACAGACUGUUUGGCCUGGAGGUCUUGGUGAAUCUGAACAGCCUCUUCUGGAUCUACAUGCUGCCCCUGCAUCAUAUUCCUG